UGCGUCCGCCCCUCAUCAUGCCCGUAUCUCAGUUCCUCCAGAACACCACCUUGAAGGCGAUAAUUUGCGAACACUGUGGCUCGGGAGUAUCUUCCACCGUCCUCGACGCACCCAUCGAAGCGGUGCGCUCCUGCGAGCUCCCUACCGAAUGCGAGGCGGCCGAGUUGCAGAGCGGCUGCGCUGCAGACGAGCAGGGCAUCGCCGCCUUCGAUGUUGCUAUCGCGCGAGCGCGGGCUAUAGUAGAUGAUCUGCGAAAGCAGCGUCGCUUUUUGCGUAAGAGUUGGGGGCGCAAGCGUGCGCUACUUGCGUCCAUUCGGCGCCUGCCGACGGAAAUUCUUGCGCAGAUAAUCUCGCUAGCCAUCAUGCGCACAUUCAGAAGACACCGCGAUUCCACUGUCAUAAUCCGGCAUCCUGUUCUCCAGGUCUGCCAGCGUUGGCGCAACCUCGCGAUUCAGAUGCCCGAGCUAUGGACCGACUUUGUCGCCUACCCACACUGUACCUAUGGCGGAUGGACCAACGACAUCAGCAACUGUCUGUCAAGGUCGAAAGACCUUCCCCUUCAUCUGGAAUUCUGCUAUGGGCACUCGCCGUGGCAUUCCUACUCUCCACCGCACGUCCGGCGGCGUUCUUCGUAUUCGUGUGACACGAUGCAGAAACGCGCAAAGAACGGUAAUCUCGUUCAAAUGCUGAUAGACGCUUCUCCUCGAUGGCGCAGCUUGUGCAUCAUGGAUACUUUCAUGCCAAACGAACUCUUUCUGGCCACGCCGCAUCUUCCCCUUCUCCAGUCGCUCGUACUCAGUUACGAUCCCGGAGAACUCGCGAAUGCCGACACUCAGGCACCAAUACCCUUGUUCUCAGACGCUCCCAGCCUUACCAGAGUUACGCUCCGGCUGCGGUCCUCAUUCUUCACGCAACUUCAACUGCCGUGGGCCCGCCUGACACAGCUGGGACUGAAGCUAUGGGGUUGCAUCCCCUCGCAGACCACUAUGCUCGACGUGUUGAAUCAGUGCAAGGCACUCACUGCACUGCACUUCGCCAUAUCGAGCUUACAGCCCGAUCAUGACGAGAGGCUGCUCAUUGAGUUACCGCACUUGCAGUCGCUUGAGCUCACCGACAUGGGAUUCCUACUCCUCCGCUUCCUGAAGGCCCCUCGGCUGCGGAAAAUCGUUCAUUUUGGCCCCAACGAGCGCGCGACUGCAUAUGGUUCUGCCGAGGAAUACUUCCAGGACGCCACGCUACUUGUCGCAUUCGCUACUCUGAACGGUGCAGUGGACGUUCCACUUGAAUCACUAUCGCUCGUAAUAUCCUAUUGGGGAUCCGGCGAAAGCGACUAUGGAAACCUCUGGAUAGAUGGGCUUCGUCCGUACCCAGGCAUCCGAUAUCUGUGCGUGUCGGAUAGCCUUCACUUCCGCGACCCGGAGGCUCUGCGCGCGUUGCUUGUCGCUCUCACUCGCACGCCCGACCUCCUCCCCCACCUCGAGAGGCUCUCCCUACCUACUUUCAUUGUCGGAAACCAGCAGGAUUAUGGGGAUGAAGUGGAAACCGAGUUCGCGUCGGAGGAACUCAUGGAGUUUAUCGCCAGUCGAGGCGCUGCCCUGAAGGAAUUGGAAGUGAAAGACGUGGAGUCGGACGGUUUGUUUGAGUGGGGUGAGCGGUAUUCGGUUGACUUGCAUACACGGGAAUUUCGCUUGUCGCACGCGAACGAAGAGGAUGCGGCAAGCUCCGAUGAGGAGUAUGAUAGAGGGGUCAAAGGUGAGUGGGACGAAGUGUAGUAACGCCGUAAGUCUCGCUGUCCUUCCUGAGUGCGUUCAGUGACAAUCUCAUAGCAUCUGUUCACCCAUUACGCUACAGCUCUCGUGUGCGUCGGGCCGCCAAAACUCACCAGGGCUGAAUGGUGGCUUUGUUGUACCUUAUGUCGACAGAGCAGUAGGCCGCUGAAUUUACUCAACGGAUCAGUAAAUUGUGACCACUGUCAUACGUCUUUCGGCACGCGAGUGGGUGGGAUUUAGGCUGCUAUGACCGUCAGCGGUUUCCAAGCAUGGGCGCGAGGCGGACAGGGCAAAAGCCCUCCUAGCUACAUCCAAAACUAAUUGUGGUACGAUGAGUAACUCAAUCAAACCGAGCGCGUACCAGCC